AUGAGUCGGAGGAUUCCCAACGAUUCCGUGGACGCAUAUACAACUACAGAUCAACAGGCAUCGCCCGCAGCUGGUCCAUUGAAGCAUGAGGCAUCGACGACAUUCAAUUCUUUUGGAUUCCGCAAAGGCAACGUGAGCAAGGCAACGCGAGGUGACUAUAGCAUGACCAUUCUUUGGAGACACGGUACCUGGCCGUUACGAACGACUAAGCGUGGGUUGCAGGUCCCGCUUUGGUAUGGCGGGAUGGCUUCAGGAAGAGAGCGUAUCAGAGCAGCGUCAUCAGAUUGCUUCGUGAAGGAGAUCGAGACGAAACUUUCAGAGUAUCUUUAUUUACGUUGUGGAGACUAUGACCAGGGAUAG